CCACAGAUGCCCUCCCUGCGCUCUCGCUUCCCCAUGGAGCUGGGCUCUGUUAGGGAUCCAGAAGCCCAGCUGGGACGACUGCAUCGCCUGGCCCUGGCUGGGGGCCCAGGAUGGGGCCUCACUCGGCUCCUGCGGAGAGUUGUCCAGGUGGAUGGUGAGAACUCCGCUGGGCAGACGGGGCUCUUCCUCUCGGCGCUGCUGGGCCACAGCUCUGCUGUGCAGCUCUUGCUGACCUUUGGCGCCAACCCCAACCACCGCUGCCUCGAUGGCAGCACACCUGUGCACGCAGGCGCCUUCUCGGGCUGCAGCCUGGUGAUGCUGCACCUGCUGCAGGCAGGGGGUGACCUGCGUCUGCAUGACCAGCAGGGUCGCACACCUUGGGACUGGGCUGAGCAGGGUGGUGCCAAGCAGAGCUGGGAGGUGCUGGAGCUAUUAGAGCUGUGCCGAGCCCACAUGUCGGCACUAGUGCAUGACAGUGAGUUGGUGGUCAGUGCAUCCCUGGGCCAGUUGCAGGCCGGCUGUAGACACAGCCUGUGUGGCUCCCUGUCCUUGCCGCGGCGGGAGUGUGCAGACAGGGCACCGAGACGAGAGCGCAUCAGAAGACCCCCCCGAAUUCCAGCCUUGGGGUUUGGCCAGCUGAGCUGCCUGAGGCCACUGGGGCUGGUGACAGGCAUACCCCUUGCGGACCCCAAGGAGCUGCUGCCAGCCCAGGGCGAGCCCGACCGCACCUACGAGAGCAGCUCCCACACCCUCAUGGCCAACCUCCUGUGGAGGGGCCACUCCGUGACAGCUCGGAAGCUGAAGGCAGCUGAAGCUCAGCCGGAUGUGCUGUUGGCUGACCUUCAGCACUGCAGCACCCUGCACCACCCUAACCUGUUGCUGCUGAUGGCACUGAGCCCCUCGGCCGAUCUGUCAGGGCUGUGCCUCCUCUUCGAACCGGUGUGGCUGGGCUCCCUGCACGUGGUGCUGCACCCACGUGGGCCGAGUCCAGGAGGACCCCGUGCUGUGCCGGGGCUGCUGCCUGGCCACCUGCUGCUGCAGGUGCUGGAGGCGCUGCUGUUCCUGCAGGCCCGCUGGCACGCCCACGGUGGCCUUAGCUCUCACGCCGUGCAGCUGGUCCGGCCAGGCCUGGCCAAAGUGAGCAGCCUGGAGCACGGGCGGCCCCUGCACCAACACUGGCUGCAGCCCAGGCCACAGCAGGGCUACUCCCGGGGAGGCUCAGGUCCAGGGCUGCCCCCGCCUCCUGAACUGUACCCAUGGCUGCCACUUGAGCUCAUCUGCGGUGACACGCCUGCUGCCACCUCAGAUCUCUACAGCUUCUGCAUCCUGGCCCAGGAGGUGUUCACCGGACAGCUGCCCUGGGCUGGGAGGAAGGGGCCUGAGGUGAAGGCUAAAUUGGAGGCAGGUGAGAGCCCGGCCCUGGAUCCCCUGGUGCCGGCCCCCUACCAGGCCCUGGUUCAGGCUGGGCUGGGCCUGGGGCCAGCCGACCGCUGGGGCAGCCUGCAGAACACUCGCUACCUGCUGCAGGAGGCCAUGGCCCAGGACUCGGUUCCUGAGGUGAGCUCCUGGAUGCACUGGACCACACGGUGCCCUGCAUCUCAGGAUUUCCUACCAGACACACUGUACUGUGAGGUGGCUCCCAGAACUAAGAUUCCACCCAGGCCUGUACCCCCUGUGAUGUCCCUAGGCCUCUCCCCAUGCCAGGCCCUGAAGACUCCUGAGGUCACAGCCCACAGCAGAGUCCAGAGGGCCCCAGCCUGGGACUCAGGCAGCAGCUUGACUCUAGGCAGCAGCCCAAGUCCCGGCUCCAGCCUCUACCCAGGCUCCAGCCCUGCAGCCCGGGUCAGCCUGGACCACUGCCUGGAGCCCAGCUUGACAGAGCCCAGUACCGAGCUGAUCAGAGGAUGUCUCUUCUCCAGCCUGCAGAAGAUGGACCUGCUGGAGGAGAUCAUAGCGGAGCUGCGGGGUGGAUGCCCACUCGGAGACAAGCCCAGCUUUGACCCUGCUCCUGAAACCGAUUCUUAAGAGUGCCUGUGACUGCCUUUCUGCAGACACCGCCCCUCAGAGCUUCCCAGGAUGGACUUCCCAUGCAGCACUUGCUGAAAUGAUAACGUGAUAAAGCAAUCCAUCUGUCUCUG